UACUAUUAAUUUUUUCUUUGUGUAGAGAAGUCACUUGAGUGCCUAUUAUUGUUCAUCUUUUCCCCUAUCUGUCAGAUCUCCCUCUAUACGUCGUCUCUCGCUGUACAUCUCUCCCUCAGAGAUCAAAGGUUGAAGAUGGGUAUGGAACAGAAAAAUUUCAACAUGGAAGAAGGAACCCUAGAGAUUGGCAUGGAGUAUAGAACUGUCUCCGGAGUUGCAGGACCACUAGUUAUCUUAGACAAAGUUAAGGGUCCAAAAUAUCAGGAGAUUGUCAAUAUACGUUUGGGAGAUGGAACAACUAGGCGUGGGCAAGUCCUAGAAGUUGAUGGAGAGAAAGCUGUCGUGCAGGUUUUUGAAGGCACAUCUGGAAUUGACAACAAAUAUACAACCGUGCAAUUCACUGGAGAGGUUUUGAAGACUCCUGUCUCUCUGGAUAUGCUUGGUCGUAUCUUUAAUGGAUCAGGAAAACCAAUUGAUAAUGGGCCUCCCAUCUUGCCUGAGGCUUAUUUGGAUAUUUCUGGGAGUUCUAUCAAUCCCAGUGAGAGAACAUAUCCAGAAGAGAUGAUUCAAACAGGGAUUUCUACGAUUGACGUCAUGAAUUCCAUUGCUCGAGGACAGAAAAUCCCUCUAUUUUCUGCUGCUGGUCUUCCACAUAAUGAAAUAGCUGCUCAGAUAUGUCGUCAGGCUGGUCUUGUGAAGCGGUUGGAGAAGUCUGGGAAUCUCAUGGAGGAUGGAGAGGACAAUUUUGCCAUUGUUUUUGCAGCUAUGGGAGUAAACAUGGAGACGGCACAGUUUUUUAAACGUGAUUUUGAGGAAAAUGGAUCAAUGGAGAGAGUGACCCUUUUCUUAAACCUGGCAAAUGACCCCACCAUUGAACGUAUUAUUACUCCUCGAAUUGCUUUAACCACUGCGGAAUAUUUGGCGUAUGAAUGUGGGAAGCAUGUUCUAGUCAUAUUAACAGAUAUGAGCUCCUAUGCAGAUGCACUCCGUGAGGUAUCUGCUGCCCGAGAGGAAGUGCCAGGAAGGCGUGGCUACCCUGGGUAUAUGUAUACUGAUCUGGCAACAAUCUAUGAACGUGCUGGACGUAUUGAAGGACGAAAAGGCUCCAUCACACAAAUACCUAUUCUAACCAUGCCUAAUGAUGACAUAACACAUCCAACACCAGAUCUUACAGGCUACAUUACUGAGGGGCAGAUAUACAUUGAUAGACAGCUUCACAAUAGGCAGAUUUAUCCCCCAAUUAAUGUCCUUCCAUCACUUUCACGGUUAAUGAAGAGUGCUAUUGGAGAGGGAAUGACUCGCCGAGACCAUGCUGAUGUGUCCAACCAGCUAUAUGCAAAUUAUGCUAUUGGAAAGGAUGUACAGGCAAUGAAAGCUGUGGUUGGAGAGGAAGCACUCUCUUCGGAGGACCUGCUUUAUCUGGAAUUUCUAGACAAAUUCGAGAGGAAGUUCGUAACUCAAGGAGCCUAUGAUACCCGCAAUAUCUUCCAGUCACUUGAUUUGGCUUGGACACUGCUUCGCAUCUUCCCCCGUGAACUACUCCACCGUAUACCAGCAAAGACCCUAGACCAAUAUUACAGUCGAGAUGCAACCAACUGAUAAUAGCAAGCAAACUCCUUUUCUCUAGUUUCACUGAGAAAUUCUUUUCUUUAGUAUAAGCUCCCCAGUUUUUUUUUUUUUCUUUUUUCUCCCUUGUUUUCCUAUAUAGGCUGCAUAGCUUGUCAGUACCAGGUGAAUAAAUGAGGGGGCUCUUUCAAGCCCCCUUACUAAAGCUGUUCAUCUAGGUUUCUAGUCAUCGAUAUUCUUUUAUGAAGAACCAUUUAGCUUCUGUAAUAUUUCUACUUGUAUUUAUAUAUUUUUGCUACCCAGAUAUAUUGAAUGGGCAUGGCAUAAUAAUUGAAGCCUCGGGAAGACAGGAACUAGUGUUUACUGAAUGUCAUGUUUGUUUGGUUCCCUA